CCCGUCCCGUCCCGUCCCGUCCCGGGGGCCAUGGCGUUCCGGCGGCGGACGAAAAGUUACCCGCUGUUCAGCCAGGAGUUCGUCAUCCACAACCACGCCGACAUCGGCUUCUGCCUCGUCCUCUGCGUCCUCAUCGGGCUCAUGUUCGAGGUCACGGCGAAGACUGCCUUCCUAUUUAUUUUACCUCAGUAUAAUAUUAGCAUGCCCACUACAGACAGUGAGACGGUUCAGUAUCACUACGGGCUGAAGGACCUGGUCACCAUCCUUUUCUACAUCUUCAUCGCCGUCAUCCUGCACGCUGUGGUCCAGGAAUACAUCCUGGAUAAAAUCAACAGGCGGCUUCAUCUCUCCAAGAUCAAACACAGCAAGUUCAAUGAAUCUGGGCAGCUGGUAGCCUUUCAUCUCAGCUCCUCAAUCUGGUGCUUCUACAUAAUUGUGAUGGAGGGAUAUUUAUCCAACCCGAGAAGCCUCUGGGAAAACUACCCUCACAUCUAUCUCCCCUUCCAGGUGAAGUUUUUCUACCUUUGUCAGAUGGCAUACUGGCUGCAUGCCCUGCCCGAGCUUUACUUCCAGAAGGUGCGCAAGGAGGAGAUCCCCCGCCAGCUCCAGUAUAUCUGCCUCUACCUGGUCCACAUAGCGGGCGCGUACCUCUUGAACCUGACCCGCCUGGCCCUGAUCCUGCUGCUGCUGCAGUACGUGGCCGAGUUCUUCUUCCACACCGCCCGGCUCUUCCACUUCGCCGACGAGAACAACGAGAAGCUGUUUAACGCGUGGGCGGUGGUGUUCGUGGUCACCCGCCUCUUCACCCUCACCCUCACGGUGCUGACCGUCGGCUUCGGCCUGGCUCGGGCGGAAGACCAGACCUUUGACCCUGAGAGAGGAAAUUUCAACACCUUGCUCUUCAGGCUCUGCGUGCUGCUGCUGGUGUGUCUCUCCCAGGCCUGGAUGAUGUGGCGGUUCAUCCACUCCCAGCUGCGCCGCUGGCGGGAAUACUGGAAUGAGCAGAGCGCCAGGAAAAAAGCCGCUGCCCCCACCGUGCCCCCCCGACAGCAGGCCAAGUUCCUCAGGAGGGAGGCCGGCUACCAUGAAAACGGAGUGAUGAAAGCAGAGAACGGAACAUCCCUCCGAACCAAGAAGCUCAAGUCCCCUUAAAGCCAAAGCCCCGUGAGUGGAAGCGGGCACCAGGAAGGAGUCCUGGGGCUAAGCCACCACACCCUCCUCCUCCUCCUCCAACAGCUGAAAUGUGUCUUCGACAGGUUUCGGGUUUUCCUCCCCCUCCUUUUCUCUGUCCCCUCUUUUUUAUAAACCAUUUUCAAUAAAACCAAAAAUCUCCUUUCCUUUUCCUUCUCACUGAGCCUCCUUCCUGCCAUUCCUCCAGGCUGGGUCACAGAGAAGCCCAGGAUCUCCCGCUCCCUCUCCUCUGGCCUCUGCUCCUAUUCUGUCCCGGCCCCUCCACCCCCUUUCUUCCGUUUCUUUUCCCCUCUCUCUCCCCUUCUCUCCACAGGUGUGUUUUUAUCACUGUGCAAUCUUUUCUCUGUGUAACGUUUGGCCGGGCGGGGAGGGGCCCUCACUCGAAGGAACCUGGAUGCCUCCGGCUCCGGCCCCCAUCUGCUCUCCGGUCGCCCUCAUGGGCAUGGCAGGGAGAGGCUCCAGGCCCACUUCCUGUCAGACCAGGAUAACCCCCUUGGGCCCCGUGGACUACCAGCCAUGCUGCGGCAAGCAAUUGAUGAAUCCUCAACAAAUCGGACAGCUUGGGAGACCACCUGGCCCGUAGGACCACAGGGCGUCCUCCCAGAACAGCCUCCGCCAUCCUCGGCCGUGACCGCUGCAGGCGGCCGACGGGGUGGGGCAGGGCUUCUGAAGCCCUGAGAAGCCGCUCUUCCAUGCAACUAAGUUUCUCCAGCGUCGGACCUGGGGACCCAUCAGGACCGCCCGGUAUUCCUGCCCGUCCGGGCCACGUCGAUGCCUUUCCGGGGCUCGGGGCCUUCUCUGCAUGCUGGCUCGGUCCCGAGGCCUCGGAGAGCCCCGUUUCCGAGCAGCCACAUCUGACCAGAAGCCGAGAGGCACGGCUCCCUGGAAAAGCCCCGGCCCGUUCCUGGAAUUGACAUCGGCCGGCCCUCUGGCCACCCCGGCUGGCCUCUUGGAAGGUACUUCAAGGAAGAGACCUUACAGGAGGAUCCGAGCUGCCAAAUCGGAUGUGGCUGUCUCUGGGACACCAGCGUUUGCUUCACUUCAGACUGGCGCUUUGACGCCCUUUGACCGAGGGAAGGAGGGAGUGGGGGAGGAAGGGAAGGAAGGGAAGGAAGGAAAGAGGGAACGCCUCCCUCCUCUCUGCCUUCCUGUUUCCCGCUGGGGAAGGAGGCGGAGGUAGAGGGGCCGGGAUCGGCUUCCGAAGCGGGAGCGGAGUGGGAGGGAGAGAAGAGACGUAUCGUCGGUCAUCUCCUCCCCGACACCCCGCUUGGGCUCGUCCGCAGGGCCGAAGCGGGAACUGGCCGGUCUCAGGGAAGGACGAGGGCCAUUUCUGCCUCCUGACUAGUUUGAGCCACACCCCGGGGCGACGUCAACAGCUGGCUCCCUGGACUCUCUCCAGAAGAGAUAGUGGCCACCGCUUGCCAGACGGCCCCCAGAUGAGCCAGCUGUUUGUCCCACCUCCCCACCGGCCUCCGGCCUCACGGCUGCAGCCUUUCCGUCCCCCCCACCCUGCCUUUCCGGCCCUGCGGCCAGCAGAGAAUCCUGUUUCCUACCAAAGGCUUUAGCAGCUGGGGUGAGGGUGCCGAGGUAGAGUGAAGCUUUUUCCCUGAUUCCAGGUCCACGAGGGCCCCGGGUUUCAUCCCCUCCCCAAAGUUCCCAGGAUAGCUCUGUGUUGUCCCCAUUCCCAGGAGAAUGACUUUGACUUGGUUUUCUCCAGAGAAAGAGUAGGCAGAAACUGGGUCAGUGUGGUGUCGGGAUCUGGGCAGAAAGUGUAGGAAUGAGGGCCCAGCCUGGUGAGAUUGAGGUUGGGGUGUUAGCCAUUUGGCUAGAGAGAGCUUAGCCCGAGCCCACAGCUUCAGGUCUGCUUCUGGGCUGCUUCAUUUCAGCCGCCGCAACCCAAGUGGAAUGGGCGAGUAUUCAGGAGGGCAUCCCCUCUUCCCUGGCUUUCAGGAGGGUAUUCCCUCGGCCUGGCUUCCAGGAAGGCAACCCGCUCUGCUCCAGCUACCAGGAGAGCACCCUCUCUGUCCUGCUGGCAUUUGAUCUCUUGGCCACAACCGAUGCCAGGUGGCCCUGAUUUGCGGAGGCCGGGUUAGACUCCCUGUAUCCCGUGCGUUCACCCCAUGUCCCAAACCCAAGAGCCGAGCCACCUGCCACGUACCAAUGGUACACACCUGGCUUCUGCCCUCCUCCACCUCCCAACACCCACUCGCUGGGGCGGGAGCGUAAGGGUUGAAUCUACCUCAGAAACCACCGCCUCUCGCAACGCCACCCUGGGUUCUCAUGCCUUACUCUGCGUUGGCCGAUGGCGAUUUGGGAAGAGGGAGAGCGGAGUAGGUGGAUUUGGGAAGGGCAGUUGGACGUCACUUUGGCAGGCGGGGAUGGGCAUCUCUGGGGCAUCGGGAGUCCCUCUUGUGGGAGUGUCACUUUGGCACUUCGAUGGGGCAUCUUCGGCUCGGCCCCGGGCUUGGCUGUGGCAGGUUGGUGGGACCUCUGUGAGCUGCUGAGGAGGGCACUGGACAGGGAGAGGAAGGAUCCGGCUUUGCUGGUAGCUACAGAGAGAGCAGGGAUGGAGCUGAGGGCAGAGAGGAGAUUCUUCUCAUCGUUUACAGUGGCACCUGUGCCCGCAGUGAGAACUCUCUGUGUUUCCUGGCCCGAGAAAUGGCAUCACUGACAAAGGAGGCCCCAGACCCCAUCCUGACAGAUUUUCCUCUGGGACUAGCAUCUCUCCAGUGGGCUGCUUUAGUCAGAGGGAGAAGAACCUCUUCCCGACACAGUGCCCGCUGACCUUCCCCCGGUCUGGCCAAGAGGAUCACCCCCAGGUGCCCGGUAGAAAGCAGCUUGGCCCAGUGGAAAGAGAGGACCUAGGUUCGAAU